GCACACUGCCACCCACUGGACUUGAGUUGGAUGUGAGAACAACAUAGAACAACAACAAGACAACAGCCAAACAUGAAGCGGCGCGCGAGCAUGACAGACGAGGUUGCAUUGAUGCUUUCUGAUGACGACGAUGACGGCGGUGACGAUGGUGCUGCUGAUGGGAUUGAUGUACCGGCAUCAGCAGUGGGUGAUGUGCCCCUGACAAAGAGAAAUCGCACCACGGGCAGUACACGAACGCAAGGCAAUGCCUUUGCACGCCUGAGCAGGCCACGCCCGCUGCCCUUGCCAGCACUGCCUUCGUCAAGAAGGAAAGGAGGAGGCGUGCAAGUUGUGCGCAUGCCUCGCAUGCCUCCGUUGUAUGUUGACGAGCAGCAUCGCGUCUCAGUGGGUCUGUCGUCCACGCGUUCAUCGACGACCUCCUUGAAGCGCAGGACGACGCGCCGUCAGUCACAGAAGCAGACGCAACAGCAGCACCGACAGCAGCAUCAGCGAGGCAAGAGCCACUCGCAACAGGGAUCCACUCGCCCCGCUCGCCACACUGGCCACACCAGUAGCAAGGUCAAGAUGCAGGCAACAGUGGGCAAGCGCUUCAAGUGUGACCAAUGCAAGUACAAGACAGCUUACAAGGGACACCUGACAUCACACAAGCGAACACACACUGGUGAGAAGCCAUACAAGUGUGACCAGUGCAGUUUCAAGACAGCCCACAAGAAAAGCCUGACAACACACAAGCAAACGCACACUGGUGAGAAGCCAUACAAGUGUGACCAGUGCGAGUACAGAACGGCGCGGCGUGAUUGUUUACUCGCACACCAGAGAACACACACUGGUGAGAAGCGACACAAGUGCGACCAGUGCGAGUACAAGACGGAACGCAAGCGUGACUUGCUCGCGCACCAGAGAACACACACUGGUGAGAAGCCGUUCAAGUGUGACCAGUGCGAGUACAAGACGGCACGCAAGCGUGACUUGCUCGCGCACCAGAAAAGACACACUGGUGAGAAGCCGUUCAAGUGUGACCAGUGCAGCUUCAAGACGGCCUACAAGCGAACUCUGACAACACACAAGCGGAUUCACACUGGCGAAAAGCCAUACAAGUGCGACCAGUGCAGCUUCAAGACGGCACACAAGUCUACAUUGGCCCGGCACAAGCGAACACACACUGGCGAGAAGACCUACAAAUGCGACCAGUGCGACUACAAGACAGCGAACAAGAAACACCUGACAACACACCAGAGAACACACAUUGGUGAGAAGCCAUACAACUGUGACCAGUGCAGCUUCAAGACGGCGUACAAGCACAUUCUGACAACACACAAGCGGAUUCACACUGGCGAAAAGCCCUACAAGUGCGACCAGUGCGAGUACAAGACGGCGUACAAGCGAAACAUGCCCAGACACAAGCGGAUUCACACUGGCGAGAAGCCAUACAAAUGCGACCAGUGCGAGUACAAGACGGCCUACAAGCAACACCUGACAACACACAAGCGGAUUCACGCUGGCGAGAAGCCGUAG